AUGUUUCAGAAAUGUGAUGGUCCUUACACUCCAUUCACACUUCCUGAGCCAAUGAAACUUUUAGCUAAAUACUCUUAUUAUCUUUGGGCAGUUGAGAAGCAAACAGCUGAACAAUAUUGGGAAAGAGUAAAUAAAGCUAUUACUUUGAAUGUUUUUCCUCCACAGUUAGUUUAUGAUCAAAUAAAUCGUAUUUCUACUGUCAGAAUUAAAUAUAGAAAGAUGCUUGGAACUGUUUUAAGAAAUUUUGUUCAAACUUACAAGAAUUUAGAUUUAAGUGAUACAAACAUAUACUUAGCAUAUCAGAUUCGCGAUCUUGUUCAGCUUCCAGAUGAAUAUCAAGAAGAAUUCAAUGAUGUUCCAGAUGAUAUCGAUGAACAAAUUGAGCUCGGCUUUCCUAAAGGAACAAUAGAUCAUGCUCUUCUUUAUGAUGACAUUGAUGAAUUCAAAGAAAUCUACAACAAAGAACUUGAGCGAAUAAUGAAUGGAGAAGAGGAUUUAUACGACGAGGAAGAAGAAGAAAAGAAAGAGAAACCAACUACCGAUCCAAAACCCGAAAAGAAAGAUGUUGAACUAAAUAUUUCUCCAGAAGACGAACAGAAGUACAUUAAAAGGGAUAAAGAUGGAAAAAUCAUCAGUGUUGGGACAAAAGAUGCUGGUUCCAUCUAUUAUCCUACGAAUGAACAAGUUAUUAAUUUCAUUAACAAUGAUAAACAAAUAAACAACAUUUUACAAGCCCCUGAAGCUAACACUACUAAUAACGAAACAGAAACUACACAAGAACAGCCAAAUGAGCCCAUUAGAGUAGAAAAUAUACCAGUAUAUCCAGAAAAUAUUCGAAAUCUAGCCAGAGCACUUCAUAUACCACCGGAGCAUGCAAGCAUUAAUGAUCCUGCUUUUAUGCAGAGAAUUAUCGAAGAAACAAGAAGAAUGAUACGAAAUGUAGCUAAUGGACCAAAUCAGGAAGAACAAGAAGCUUACGAAGAUGAUGAUGAAGAGGAAUAUGACGAAGAUGCAUGGAUACUGCAUGAAUUCGAUGAAACGGAUGAAGAAAACGAAGAAGAUGUAAUUGAUUACUCUCCAGAAGAUUUUGCUGAAGAAGAUAUGAUCGAAAAUGGCAUAGAUAACUAUCAUUUAGUCGAACAGGCCGCUGAAUACGGUGCAACAAAGAUAUUUUUCUUUCUUCGACAAUUUGUACCUGUUAAUGAGGAAAUGUUAGAGGCUGCUUGCAUGAGUAACAAACCAAUUAUUGUUUCCCAUAUUUUCGAUUCCGAAAUUGAUGAUUAUCACCUUCAUUGGGAAGAUGACAUUGCAAGACACGGCUACAGAAACAUGAUCCACCACUUAUCUGAAAUGAUCCCAAUUUCUUCAUUUCAUUUGAUCGACAACUUGUUAAUUGAUGAAUAUUUGAAUGAUUACUGUUUAUACGGCCAAAUAGAUGGUAUGGACACACUCUGUGGGCAUACAGCCCUAAUGGCCGCUUCAAAACUCGGUCUUGUCAGUUUAAUGGAAUUUAUUAUACAAGAAGGUGGAGACAUUGACAGACAGAGUAUGUUCCAUGGAGAAACAGCACUUCACUUCGCCGUAGAAAACAAUAAAAUCGAGGCUGUAAAGUGUCUUGUCGCACAUGACGCUGCAAGACUGAAAGAUGAGUCUGGCCGCACUCCAUUGGCUAUUGCAAUUGAAUUGGGAUAUAAUGAUAUCGCUCAGAUACUCUCUUCCAAUCUGAAAAUUAAGAUUUAA